CUGUAGUAAAGUGAAAGGCCUUAUAAAUUAUUCUCAGCCCGUCAGCGAAACGUCAAAUUCCAAUGUUUUGAUCUUUGUCCGUAAAAAUUCGUGUGAUUUUCUGCAGUGAAAAGUUUUUUCAAUCGAUUUUUCCCCAAUUUUCCAUUUCGAUAGAAAGGCGUCUCCUUCCCGGGAUGUCCUUGGUAAGACUGUGCGGCUCGGUUGGAGCCCAGUGGAUGCUGAAGUCCAAUUCAGCAGGUGUUUCCGUUGGCAAUGGAAUCGUCAUUAGGAGGAAUUUGUUCUCCGCUUCUGGAUCGGGAACGAUGCGAAUCGUUGGGAACAAUGCUCCGGUACUAGUCGUGCGUACCCGGACGGAUCAAUACGAUUGGCGUCAUGGGAGCGGGUGGAGACGAGGCUAUAAAAAUUUUGGCCAUAAGCCAGAAGGUGAUGCGCGGGUAACGAGACUUUUCACUGCAUUCUUGGGCGCUAUGAUUGUCGGGAGCUGCAUCGAUUGGAAGAAACUGGCAAAAAUUGUUGGUUUUCCCAAGGUUGAUGCCGAUGCAGGUGUUAAUGCGGAAAUGAGUGAUCCGAAGUCUGAGCAGCUGGAAAGCAGUGGUGAUGAAUCCGAGGGCGAUGAUGAGGACGAGCAAGGCAAAAAGAAACCGCGUAAGGAGAAGAUAGGUUUCCGCGAUCGAAAGAUAAUUGAGUACGAGAACCGCAUGAGAACCUUUUCGACGCCGGACAAAAUUUUUCGCUAUUUCGCUACCGUUAAGCUUAUUCACGGUGACACAUCCACGGUCUAUAUGACACCGUUCGAUUUCCUGCGAGCGAUCACACCGGGACUGAAGCAGCCGGAUGGUCUCGGAUUGGAUCAAUACAAACGAUACGAUGCACGGAGCGUUUCGACCCGACUCGAUUUGCACUUGGACAGUAACAGCAUCUUCUACAAACUGGGAGCGUACGGGCUGAUUUCCUUCUCCGACUACAUCUUCCUGCUGACGGUGCUAUCAACGUCUCGUCGCCACUUCGAAAUCGCGUUCCGAAUGUUCGACCUCAACGGUGACGGAGAUGUUGACAGUGAGGAGUUCGAAAAGGUAGCCAACCUAAUUCGCCAGCAGACGAGCAUUGGAAACCGACACAGAGAUCAUGCCAAUACAGGGAAUACUUUCAAGGGAGUAAAUUCAGCACUUACUACAUACUUUUUUGGACCCAAAAACGACGAAAAGUUAACCAUCGAGAAGUUUUUGGACUUCCAGCAACAGCUGCAACGGGAAAUCCUGACCUUGGAAUUUAUGCGUAAGAAUCCCGACGAAAACGGUAACAUAAGUGAGGCAGAUUUCGCUGAGCUGAUGCUUGCUUACGCUGGUUAUCCGCAAAAGAAGAAAGUCAAGAAGAUUAAGCGCGUCAAGAAGAGGUUCCGUGAUCACGGCGCAGGUGUUUCCAAGGAAGACUACCUUAAUUUCUUCCACUUUUUGAACAACAUCAACGACGUCGAUACUGCUCUAACGUUCUACCACAUUGCCGGUGCGUCCAUUGACCAGGCCACCCUCAAACACGUGGCCAAGACGGUAGCAAUGGUAGAGCUGACCGAUCACGUCAUUGACGUUGUGUUUACCAUUUUCGACGAAAAUAUGGACGGGCAGCUGAGCAACCGGGAGUUUGUGGCGGUCAUGAAAAAUCGUCUACUGCGCGGCCUAGAGAAACCCAAGGAUACCGGGUUUGUCAAACUAAUGCAUUCGAUUCUCAAAUGUGCCAAAGAUACUAAACCUGUGUUGCUGGAUUUGUAAGUAUGACAACGGGCACAAAGGGACUAGGUGCUUGUUUAUAUUUGCGCAGGACUCGUCUAGUUAAUCUAACCUAGAAAAGGAAUAAUUGUACGGUAUUUGGCACCAAAUCUGACAAGGAAUGUUUGUUAUUGUUCUGGUUGGUUCUCAGCGAUGAGAAAUAGCACAAUCUACGCUUUUACAUUUGACCACACGUUAUAGAUGAUCAUGCUAUACUCUCGAAACUUCUGUAUUUACUGUAUGUUGUACGUGUUCAUGGACGAUUUUGUUUUGUUUGAUUCUCAUAGAAAAAUAUUACUAUCGCUCUCUAAACUAUUACUAUCCGCCAUGUUUACGAAUCAUCUGUAAAUUUGUAUUAAAUGUUCGUUUUUCAUA